UACCAUUUGUAAGUGAUUUAUUUUGUAUUAAAAUAACAGUAUCAGAGUUAUACCUAUUACUUCAGUGUGCUAUUAAUUAGGUACAAAGCUAGGUAUUUUUCGAAAAUGUUUUUUCAUAUCGUUUUUUUAAUUAGUAUUAUAAACUCUUUGGUGAUUAAAAUAAAAUCAAAUUCCUAUGGACCUGAAGGAGAAUAUAGUAUAAUAAAUGAAGAUGUUAUUGGAAAUGAAGUUAAGUGUUUAGUAUGUAAAGCAAGUAUAAAAGAAUUAAACGAUAAGCUCAAAAAAGUGGAUCCUUCGAAAACAGAAGAUGUUGGUGGAUAUAAAUUUGACAGUGCAGGGAAUCUUCAGAAAAAAACAAUACCACAAAUGCAAUCAGAAAUAUUUAUUUCUGACAUGAUUGAAGAAAUAUGUGGAACCAUGGAAAAUUAUGUCAGGGCUAGAUGGAAGUCAAAUGGGCAGCUUACUCUUCUUAAAAUGUUUGAUUCCAGUGGAAAUAUGAACUCUGAUAUAACUGAAGUAGAUUUAAUACAAGACGAAGACCUAAAUAAAAGUUUGGAAUUUUAUUGUAAAUCUGUAUUUGAAGAAUACGAAGAAAAUGUAAUUAAUCACAUAAAAGAAGGGACCAAAGACGUCAUUAAACAAGUUUGUAGUGUAGAAUCAAAGUUAUGUAAAGAUAAUAAUGAUUCCGAUAGUAAAUUAAAUAAAGAAGAACUGUGAUACUUA